AUGCAGUUACUGCUGGAAGAUGUCCGUCUGAGCAGCUGGCAUCUGGCCCUGGAGCGUCCUCCAGGAGAGCAAGACCCACCGGACAGAAGUGCACAGCCAAACUUGCCCCUACGGCCAGGCUUCAGAAGUCCAUUGGGAAGCCACCCCAAAGCUCCCGAGCCUCAGGAGGGCCCCUGCGACCCAGUGAUGUCCCUGGCUCUGCUAAGAUCAUAUCUCGUGCUGUGGAAGCAGCUGGAAGCUCUGAAGGAGCACUGGAGCCGCCUCAGGCUGAGAUGCCAGAACAUCGACUCGGCCUCACUCUACACACAGUUCUCAGAGAUCUACGGGACUGACAUCUUCUAUCCCAGCAUGAAAGCAUUAGCCAGGCAGAUGGGGAAAGAAGAUGAAUUUGAGGGGCUUAUAAUUUGUAGUCAGUCUAUUCUUCCCCCCAAAGGAGCUUCCGAAAUUGAAAUAAAAACUCACCAGCUUCACAAACUUCUGGAAAAUCUUGAAAUUCAUAUGAUCCAGGAGGUAUUAAGAAAAGUUAACAGAGAGCUAACACUGGUUGUAUCAGAGAAGUCCAAGGAGGAAUGUACUCUCCCUACAGACCUUUGGAAACACCAAGUCAUGAAAGAAAACUGCUCAGUCAUAAGACCACAAAUAGUUGAAAAAUUUAUACAGAGAUUAAUGGAGAAAUACCAGGAUGGUGGAUUAGAGGUCACUUUCAGGAAAGACCACCUUGAGGCCUGCCUCCUUUCCCUGGGGUGUGAUGUGAUGGCCAGAGAGCACAGCAACUUCCAGACCUACUCCAUGUUUUAUGAGCAUGUCCUGGAGCACACAAGGCAGAAGCUAAGCCAAAAGGAGCAAGAAUUAGAUAGCCUGCCAAGAGGUCAGAGGUCACCGGAAGAUGAUGCUAGUCAGGUUGCUGAGCUCAGUCACAGUAUGAUUAUGGAAAUCACAGCUCUGAGAGCCAGACUCUUGGAUUUGGAAGAGGAGAAUCUGAAUCUCAAAAAGCAGAUUAGAAAAGAAGUCCAGGAAGAAUAUGAAGCAUUAGUCCAAGCUUUGUUUGUGACAUGUUUAAACAUAAAAGAGAAUCUAGAAGAGAAUCAACUUAAUUUGAUCCAGAAAGUGUGUCAGAUCAUCGAAGAAGUGAGGACAGAAGGGAUUGACACCAUGAAAGGCCUCAAGAAAAAAUGGGGUUCUGCCAACCCUGAUGAAGGAAUGAAAGAAAACCCAGUCAAAGAGCAGCUGCAGGCUGUGGAGCAGGACAACUGCAACAUAGCGGCGCUCAUGUGCAAAGCCAGGAGCCUGGGCCGCUGGAGGCUGGCGGUGCAGCAGGCGCGCUUCCGGGGCCAGCUGAGCAGGGCCGAGAAGGAAGCUGUUCAAAGUAAAAAAGAGUGUUUGAGCAUCAAGCUAAUGGCGGAGCAAGAAGAGGUUUUAUUUUGUCAACAGCUACUGGCUGUCAGGCAAGCCCUGGUCAAAGCGCAGUCGGACAGCAUGAGGCUGUACAGGCAGCAGGAUAAGCAGGCUCAGUUGCUCAAACAAUUAGAACAUAGAGUGACCCAGGAAGCUCUUUACCGACAGCAGCUGGAUUUAAUGAAAACCUCCAGCAUGGAGAAGCUCUUGGAAGAGGUUGAGCAAAAAGAACAGCGCCUGCAGCUCCUCACUGCAGAGGCCAAGAGGGUUUCUAAACUGGGCCAGCUCCAGCAGAAGAAAAUUCAGAGAGAACUUCGACAGACAAGAAGCCGUCUUGCCCAGGAGCGCAGCGUGAAGCUGGACGCCUUCCAGCGAGUAGCAGAACUACAAAGUCAGCUUAAUGACUCUGAGCACUUGUCUGUCCAGAUGAGUUCACCAGAUGGUCUUGUAUCUCGGACUCAGUACACCUUAAAUUCUGCUUCCACCUCAUCCAUAUACCCCCAGCAACAUCUUUUAAAGAGUAAUCUUAUGGGCAGUAAAAUAACAAGAAGGAUUCAAAGGCCAAAGACUGAACCUACUAAACACAAAGAAAAGAUUGCUGAAGUUUUCCUACCCAAUGUAGGAGAAAGUGUUCAACUUUCAGCUUUUCAAGUUCAAACAGCUCCAUCCAGAAUCCCAUUCAAACUUGAUUGGUAA